AUCGGCGGCAUUUGCGUGGCGCGCGAGGACAUUUUAAUCCUCAGCCUACGCAAGAACGUCAUUCCCUUUGCCACGCGUUUAAUUAAUUGAUCCCGCGCAUGGCGACCAAUAAUCGCCUUAGCGCGGAUUAACGAGUCUGGCAUCUGGCACGGCGAAACUUUCGUUCCAUUAUCUUCGCGGACCAUUGACGCGUCGCCAGCCAGAGCAGCGUCGAGCGAGCGAGCGAGUGCGCGCGAUCAAAUAUGAGGAGAGCUAUUCUCUUUGUGCUCGUCGUCUCUGUCGCGACUCGCCAGGCCGACGGCAAGGUUUACUAUCUGGAGAAUGUAGACGGGCCGCGUAACAACGACGCGGCGAUUCUGGAGCAGUCCUCCCGCGAUCUCGACCUCGCCUUUUCCGCGGGGGAGCCCCUCCUCGAGAACGAGAACGUCGUGACUCCGACCAGGAAGGUGUACACCGUCAUUGCUCCGGAGAAGCCGUACAUCGAGCUGAGCCGAGAGACGGACCGGCCGAUCGCGUACUACAGACUGGGCGAGCCGGUUGCGGGUAGGAGGAACGGCUACGACGACGUGAUCUUCCUGCCGGAGAGGGGCCGGAAGUCGAUGAAGCUGAACGGCAAUAAUAAGGGCGAGGUGAUCCUGGAACUUCGCGUCAUAGCCAAUCACGACAGCACGUGAUUGCGCGUCGCUUACGCGCGAAGCUCGCGGCAGGCGGGAAUCGCAGGCCGAUGGAAAUAUCGACAGAUAAUACAGUUAAAUCGCAUCGCUUUUAUUACGUUCAAUUUACAACAAUGAAUACGUUCUAUCAAUACAUAUAGAUACAUCGGAGUACUAUUAUAAUAUUUACAGUGCAUAUCACAUAUCGAAUUCGGAUCGGAGCUGCUACCACUCCGAUAAGGUCGUCCGCGACCCUUCAAUUUCCGCUGUAAAAUGAUUUCGUAACUUUUCCUCCCUCGCUUUCUCCCCCCCUCCUCUCUCUCUCUC